CGCCUCCUGCCCGCCCCUUUCGCCCCAACUCCUCGGGCGACGUCUGCAAUUUCUCCCCUUCGCUGCUGCUGCCUCUCCUUUGCGCUCUGCCAUGGCUCUCCGCUCGCGGCCUCCUUCCUCCUCCUCGCCCCGCUUCUCGGUCCCCUUCCUCCUCCUCCUCCUCCUCUCCAUCCUCCUCUUCCUCUCCUCGCCCUCCUCCGGCCACCUGGCGCCUUACGACGCGCUCUACGCCGACGGGGUGCGCGCCUACUUCGCCCAGGACUGGCCUCGGGCGGCCGAGCUGCUGCAGCGCUGCCUGCACAGCUACUCCGGGCUGCAGGGCGCGCGCCGGGAGUGCCAGGGCGCGUGCCAGGGGCAGGCCGGCUUCUCGACGGGGCGACCGCCCUCGCGGCCCUGGGAGACGGGCUUCUUCGAGCGGGUGCUGCAGCGGGCCGAGUGCCUGGAGGAGUGCCUGGGGCGCCGGCUGGGCGGCCAGCCCUCCCUCCACCGGGCCAGCGCGCAGAUCCGGCAGGACUUCGAGGAGAGGGAGCCCUACAACUACCUGCAGAUCGCCUUCUUCAAGCUCAAGAAACUCGAUGAAGCCGUUUCCUCAGCUCACACGUUCUUCGUGGCCAAUCCACAGCACCUACAAAUGCGCGAGGACAUGGAGAAAUACCGGCGCAUGGCGGGGGUGAAAGCGGAAAGCUUUCGGGAUCUUGAGGCCAUGCCACACUGGGUGGCCUACGAAGCUGGAAUUCAACAUUACAAGGCAGAUGACUACCAGCAGGCGGUGACAAAGCUCGAGGAAUCGCUCAAAGAAGGGCUGCUGGCGCUGGAAGACUGCAGGGCCCUUUGCGAAGGGCCUCAGGAGGAUGAGGAAAAGGCGGAGGAGACGCAGCUUGGCCUCUACGAAGCCAUUGCAGCUCACUACAUCCAGGUCCUAAAGUGCAGGCAGAAGUGUGUCCUUGACAUUGCCACCAAGCCCGGGAGGGUGUCUUCCACAGAAGACUUCAUCCCAUCUCAUUUUGAUUUGCUGCAGUUCGCCUAUGAAAGAACUGGGAAUUGGGCCCUCGCCGCUGAAUGUGCAGCCACCUAUUUGCAGUUCUAUCCAUCAGACGGGGCGUUGCUGGAGAAACUGAAGCAAUACCAAGCAGAGCUGGGAGAUGUGCCCAUUGCAGCCAGAGAGAAUAUCCGCCACUAUGUGGAGAGGUCUCUUAUGGAGAAGAAACUCAUUUACUAUGCAGUGGAGCAUCUUGGGGAAACUUUUAAUGACCCUGAUUCGUGGACUCCAGAGGAAUUGAUUCCUGAAAGCAUGAAGGAAAAACACAAAGAAGAUCAAGAGAAGCAAAGGCUGAAAGCCCCAGAUGUGGGAGAGCAGGAGCCAAGAGAACCCCUUGCUUUCGAGGGCAUCACCAUCACCAUGGACUCCCAGCAGCUCAAUGGCUCCCAGAGAGUUGUCUUGGACAGAGUCCUGACUGAAUCUGAAUGCAAAGACAUCCUCCGCCUGGCCAAGGCAGCUGGAGGAACAGAAGGCGGCUAUCGCGGCAGGCGUUCACCACACACUCCCCAUGAGAAAUUUGAAGGAUUAACAGUGUUAAAGGCUCUGCAGCUGGCUGAAGAGAGCACUGUGAACUGGAGGGAUGCUAAGCUUCUCUUGCAAGCCAGUGAGAAAUCUCGGAAAAUUGUGGAAUCCUAUUUCACCCCUGGCAAAGACCUCUAUUUUUCAUUUACACAUCUUGUGUGUCGCACGGCUGCCGAGGGAGAGCAGGAAAGUCGUAUGGACCUCAGCCACCCAGUCCAUGCUGACAAUUGUCUCUUGGACCCUGAGGGCAACACAUGUUGGAGGGAGCCUCCUGCCUACAUAUACAGAGACUACAGUGCAAUCCUCUACCUGAACGAUGACUUCCAGGGGGGGAACCUCUUUUUCACUGAGAUGGAUGCUGUGACUGUUACAGCCGAGGUGCGCCCUAAAUGUGGAAGGCUGGUGGCCUUCAGCUCUGGCGGGGAGAACCCUCACGGCGUGUGGGCUGUGACCCGUGGGAGGCGCUGUGCCAUUGCCCUCUGGUACACCCUCCUCCCAGAGCAUGCGGAGCAGGAACGGGCCCGGGCAGAAGAGCUGAUGAGGCAGAAGGAGGCAGAACAGGAGCAGUCGCAUUCAGAGGAGGAGGAGCAUGGAGGUGCUGAACCCAGUGGCGCAGACUCCCCCGAGCCCCCAACUCCAAAGGGAAGAGCCAGGUCCACUAGCCAAAGGACCAGGUCAAACUCAGACUCUGGGAUACAGUCCACGAGGCUGCGAGCCAGAGAUGAAUUCUGAGCAUGAAUUCUGAGCAUGUUGGACAUGCACAAGCCUUUCAGAUUUUGUAGCAGCUCAUGGCAAGUGAAUGACUUGGGAGUUUUUGCCCUGUGCCAGGCAUUGUGGCAAGGCAGCUUUGGUUCUCCAUGUGGCACUACCAGAAAUGACAUCAGAAGGUGGCUUGGACCAUGCCCACCCAAGUUAGCCGGAGAAUCGUUUUGUCCCCACUGGGAUGCCUGUGAACCAGGAAUAAUCCCUGCUACAACUCUCUCAUCUCAGCUAUAGCCUCUCAUCUCUACACAGGAGUAAUAGGACUGUUGUAAGGAUGACAGAGAUAAAGUGCUUUGACCAUUCUGAAGUGCUAUAUAAAUGGUGAAUAUCAUUCUUC